AAUAGUUGUUUGGCGAAUAUUUACAAGUUUACUAAAGAGGCCAAAUAACGCCAAAUGCGUGUGUGGAUUGUUUUACUUUUUCAAGGAGCGGUAAAGUAAGAGCACAGGUUGAAACCCUCGAGAGUAAAUCAUUAAAAAUGUCUCUGGAUUUAGAUUAUUUGAGAUCAAGAGAAGGAAUUUUGCGAAUUUUUGAAGCGGUGAUAGGGGUGUGUGGUAUUAUCUGCAUAAGUAAUGGAAAUUAUUGCGGCCACUGGGAUAUGUACAGAUUCUACAACUUUGUGGUGACGACUACUCUCAUUCUGGCAGUCAUUUUCAUCAUCUUUUAUCUCUUCAGAAUAGACAAAGCCAUCACUUUCAUCAACUGCUUCAUGUGUGUGUUCGUCAAUGAUGUUCUGUUUACUGUUCUGUACCUUGUAGCCACCAUAUUGAUAAUCAUCACAAUCGGGACCUGUAGAGCUGGACAAGUGGCCAGAAUUUUUGCUACGCUUUUUGGAAUUUUGGGCACAAUUGAUGUCGGACUGUUGGCACUCUUUGGCUAUAAAGUUUUCAAAUCAGAAACAGCCCCCAAAUCAGAUGGAGUUUGAUGAAUGUUACAAGACUUUUAUUUUGUGAAAAUUUAUUUAAUGUGUUUUUAACUAAAAAAUUGAUUACUUUUUA